AGAAGAAAAGUGGGAAAAAUUAACCCGGAAAUACAAACUCUUUCUAUAACCGGAAGUAGUUGUUUCACACGAGCGGCAUCGUUGUUGGAACGAAGAAAGCGUCAGAGCUUGUUUAAAGUUUUUACGCUUAUAUAGAUUACCCAAGACAUCAACAAUGAGUCUUUUAACCAAGCCUAAAUCAGAGAUGACGCCAGAGGAGUUGCAGAAACGUGAGGAAGAGGAGUUUAACACCGGUCCACUGUCCGUGCUCACACAGUCAGUCAAAAACAACACACAGGUCCUGAUUAACUGUCGCAACAACAAAAAGCUACUUGGAAGAGUCAAGGCAUUUGAUAGACAUUGCAACAUGGUCCUGGAAAAUGUAAAGGAAAUGUGGACUGAAGUUCCAAAGAGUGGGAAGGGAAAAAAGAAGUCAAAGCCUGUGAAUAAGGAUCGUUACAUCUCUAAAAUGUUCCUCAGAGGAGACUCAGUCAUUGUUGUCCUGAGAAAUCCUCUCAUCACUGGAAAAUGAACUAUUUACUUCCAACUGAACCAGUCCAAUUGCCUUUUCCUUUUGUUGGUGAAUCCAAAGUUUAAUUUCCAGCAGUUAUAAAAUGUUAAAUGCAUUGUAGAAAGUUGUUGUUAGUUUUGUUAUUUUGAUGUCUCAGACAAAACCUGGUCUUGAUUUGGAAAUUGAUGUCUUCUCUUUCAUUUUAGAUAAUAAAAAAUAUUGAAAGUAUAAUUCUUUAGUUUA